UUCACAUAACCUAAUUUAAAAAUUUGAUUAAUUUUGUAAUUCUUGUAUUGUGGAUAAAAAACGAACUUAAAGUAGCCCUAGCUAGUUUCUUAGUUAUAAAUUUAAAUCAUGCAUUGGCGUUAUUUAAUCAACGUGCGGACGCAAUUGUCCAAUUUUACAGUGCAUAGAUAUUUAAGUAAUAAUAUACCUGAGAUUACCAAAGUACACAGAGAAAUAUAUACGAGAAUGUAUCCAACGACGGUGGUGCUACCAGAUGGAUCUUCAUUUAACAUAAGAUAUCAUGAGCCUAGGAAAAUUAUAAAGCUUCCCUUAGACUUAUCGCAGCUGUCUGAAGAGGAAAGAAAACAGAGGAUUGACAAAAGAAAACCAAGAAAGAAGGUUAAAAUUACUGAGGAUGUUGAGGACAACUUUAAUGCUAAAAAAUAUUUGAAAUAUAUGAAGAAGAAGUGAAGACAUAAUUAAAUCUGUAAACUGUAGAUUUUUAAUGUUUAGAGUUAUUAAAAUUGAAGAUU